AUGAAUUAGUAGUACUAGCUGAAGUUUGGGGACAUCCCAGAAUAUGAUGAGAAUCGCUCAGAGGACAUUAAUGAUUCCGACUUAAUGGAAGAUUGUCGGAUAAGUGAUGAAGAGUACGAGCACUUUCAUCACGGAAAAUUAUCACAAGCAGAUCUUAAUAAAAAUACAAACGACAACCAGCAGAAUAAUUAAAUUGAGCAAUCUUUCAGCGGUAACUAAUUUGAUCAUCAUAGAGAGUCUGAAUAUUAAAGUUACACUACCAAGGACGUCUCAUUGCAUGCUUAAUUCAAAGCUGCUAGGUAAGAGGCUGUAAGAGAAAAAUCUAAUAACUCUCAAACAAGGUUGAGAUCUAUGUCUAGUAAUUAACAAAGAAGUGAAAGAUUUACCUUACCUAUCCAAAAAUAGUCCUUACAUACGACUUAAGGAAACGGUAGAGCUUAAACUCGAUUACUGAUUAACAACUAAGCAACUUCAGUUAGCAGUUUUGGAAUGAGCGAUCCCUUGAGUUUAAGAGAUUUAAAAAAAGUCUAUAAUAAAGUUGUUUAUGGACAUACAUCACCAAAUGGAUUCACUCAGUCGUCUAAAGGCAGUAAUUUUUAUAAUCAGCAAAGUUAGAGAAAUGAUAGCAGAUCCAGAUUAUCCAAUACAUAUUAAGGGAACUAGACAACAAGAGCUGGAAAUAAUACUUUGAGUUUCAUGACUGGGAAGGAUAAUUCUAGAAAAGAAAUAUCACCAUUUAAUUAACGACUAAAAGACUUUGAAGAUAAGAAAAGGAAAAAAUUACUUGAUAUUAAGGAGUAAUAAGUUAUUUCUGUUGAGAAAGAAUGCACUUUUGAGCCAUAGACAAAUAAAAGCUAAAGUAAAUAUCAAUUUCCGAAUAGGGAUCUCAAGUAAUUUAUCGAGGAUUAAGAAGCAUCUGAAAAAAGGAAGUUUGAGAAAUUAGAGAGAAGAAAAAAAGAAGUGUUACAGAGGAUAGAUUUGCAAAAAUCCGAUCGGCCUUCAAUUAAUAGCCUUUCUAAAAAAUUGGUAGAAAAGUAAAUGUAGAAUAAUCAACUUUCUCAUAUGGUUUAUGAGAGGUUAUACUAAAUUAAAGCUAAGCAUUAGGAUAUUUAAGAAGUAAUUAAUUAGGAUAAAAGUAAGAGAUCUAAUUAAGAUCAAUCAAAGACUCCAACAAGAGCAUCAAGGAGCAAUAGUAGAGAUGUAAGAUUGUAUGAAGAAUAUAAGGAAAGAAAAUUCAGAAAAUUGUAGUUAAUUCAAGAAAAUAAGCAGACCGUUAAUCCCUCUAGUUUUAUCAAUAAAAAAUCUGAGUAAUAUUUUAUCUCAAAGUUUACAAAAGAAGUUAUCUAGCUUUGGAAAUCAUUAGAAGUUGACGAGAUUCACAAAGCCAAUGAAACUUUAAGCUUUGAUAUUUAUUUGGAAUUCAUAGCUAAUCUUGGCUUCUUAGAUCUCAAGUUUUUGGUUCAUUAAGAAAAAAAUAUUCCUCAUGAUAAUCUAAUUUAAGAAUUGUGGCGAGCUCUAGGAGGACCUGAAAAUAACCAUGUAACACUAAAUAAUCUUAGAAUAUUUCUUUUGGCAAUUAUGGGGAGUUUUGUGGAUUCUGAUCUUGAUAAAAAGUAAUAGGAGUUUACCAAGCUUCCUAUUUAUGGGAAAUUUAAUCAGCAUGGAGAUUUAUUCUUAGAUGCUUAGGAAUGCCCUAAAAUUUAAAAAUAAUUUUACCAAUUGUGUAUUAAUAGAACUCAUUAUCAAGCACUUUUUAAAGAAUAUAGAAGACUCGAAAGAUCUAAAAAGGUAUAGCAUGUAUUCUAGCCUAAAGUUAGUACUAACUCUUUGACGAUUGCUGAUAAUAAAAGAUUAAAAAUAGAAUAGGAGUUUAAUGUGAAAUUAUCACCUCUUGAUUGGCUAAUUCAACCUUUGAAAAGUCCAUAAACAGCUCGAAAACUAAAUUAGAUUAAUGCUAUGAAGUAGCAAGAGGAGAUAAAAGAUUGUACCUUCAAACCGCAUAUUAGUAAAAAUUCUAGAAAUAUUGCAUCUAAUUGCUAAGAUAAAGUCACUAGUAAGACUUAAAGAGUAGGAUAUCUUCCAGGUGAUUAUUAAUCAUAAGGUCCUAAACUACAAUAAAUCAAAGAAGAUAACUAGAAAAUUUUCAAUACUAACUCAGGUAAAUUCGAAGCUCUAUAUGAAAUGAGUAAGGCUAAGAAAUAUAGAUGGAAGAGAGAUAAGUCACCUGAAGAAUAUGAAUAUGAGAGGUAGAAGGAGGAAUGCACAUUCUAGCCAAAUAGAUUAAAGUCAAAAGAUCAACUGAUAAAAGCAAAGUCUCCUAGAAUAGAUAGUUUCCAGCCAGCCUUAAAUAAUAGCAACAUUUAGGCAACUUAGCAAACAAUAGAAAGACUAUAGAAAGCUAGAUAGGAAAAAGAGUUGAAAAAACUAGCAUUAGAGCAUGGGAAAUUUAUCAAUAGGAUAAAUUCCUCAAGUCAUAUGGCUUUUAAUCCCUAAAGUUCUAGAUAUACGACUAAUGGCAUGAAUCAAUUGUAAACUGGAUCGAAGAUUCUCAAUGAGAGAAGUGAUAGCAGAAAUACUAGUGGAUUCGAUGGACUCUUCAAAUCUCGAUGUAAUUCAGCAUCAGCAUUUAAGUCAAGAGAAAGAUCUCCAACAUAGGAGUCACAUACCCCCACAUUGAAAAAGCCCAAGACAAGCAAAAUCGCAGCCAGUAGCAGCACAAUGAACAGUGACAUCAACUAGCCCUCAAAGAGUUAGUACUAGGCAUUUAAUGAGUUUUAAAAGAAUAGAGAUAAUUUUAUGAAAUCCUAACUUGAAUAGUAAGAGCGUAUUCAGGAAAAGAUGUCUGAGACACCUCUGCUCUAUGUGGACAUCAAUUUAGGAGAAAAUUAGAACGAAAGAAUCAUAGUUUUCCAGGGUGAUUCACCUACUAGUUUGGCACAAGAAUUUUCACUUAAGAAUGGUAUAGACGGUGAAACUCAAAAGAAGUUAGAGAUAUUAUUAAGAUCUCAAAUUGAGAAAGUAAAAUAGAAGUUAGAGAAUAAAGUUUAAGCGUGA